UUACAUAUCUGUUUACAGGGUAUUACCUAUGCCAUAGCUACUGAGCUUCCAGGAGGAUACAGAAACGUAAGAGGAAACCCUCUCAGGCCCGCUUCCCAAGGUGCGCUGCUCAGAUGGAUCUCUUCUGUCAUAGCUCCGCCGUGCCUUCCUCCUUCCUCUGAAGCAGCUCUGCUCUCUCUCCAUGGUCUUGAUGGUGACUGCUCCCCCAUCGUGUAUCAGGCCUCCUCCAGAUCCGCCCCCGUUACCGUGUAAGCCCCCUCCGCUUGAAGCUUGCUCUCUAAUCAUCUCUCCGGAACCUCCAGACUCUACAGCCGCCCUCAUUCGCCUCCUCGCUCCUCUACACAUCCUCGAACCUUCCGUCAGUUCUCUGGUUCCUGUGGUUGCAGUUACUCCUUUAAGUUUCUUUGCAAUGACCAAGGGUUUAACCAGAUCUGUUUUCGUAUCAUUUGGAGUGCGAGUUUCUACUACGUGUAGAUUUCAGUCCAGUCCCACUUUCCAGAUCGAGACAUGGUUUCUCUUUGUAGAAACCUCUCUUUGUUCAGAAGGUAUCUUCUCUGUUUCUUCUUGCAACAAGCCCUACAUGGAUGAGUAUUACCUUGUUUUAGGUAUUAGUUGUGUCAAGAUGAAUCAUUUACCUCUGAAUGAGGAUGUUGCCCUCUCUUUGAAUAUUCUCUUACCUCUGGUUAAGGAUGUUACAAGCUCUCUGCCUUUACCUCAGUAUGAGGAUCUGACUUUACCUCAGUAUGAGGAUGUUACUCUGUUUUAUCUCCUUUUAGUACCUCCGUAUGAGGUUCGUAUUAGGACCUUUGUCUUGUCGGCUCUUGUUUCUAUGGUUGCAGAGAUUGAUGCUUUUAGAAAUGGAGGUUUUGGAUGGUAUAUCCAUGGAAGCUCUUCUUGCAGGAUCGUGUGCUGGACUCUCAAAGCUUCAAGUAUUUUCAGACUCUAAUGUCUUCUUCUCUGCCCUGCAUUCAGGGAUGGGUUUGAAUGGGAUCGCAGGUUGUCUUCUUGACAUCACAAACCUUGCCACUCCCUUGCCUUCUCUGGCUGUUGCUUUUGCUAUGUAUGUGUUUUUCAGACUAUGUUUCACUUUUACUCUCUUUUGAGUUAUGAAUGAAAGAAACCCUUGACAAAAAAAGCUACUGAGCUUCCAAAAGCAGAACAUCGUAUGUGUGCAAGACAUAUAUACGCUAAUUGGAAAAGUCCUUUUCCCGAUCAGAAUAUAAAAAUUUAUUUUGGGGUGUAGCAUACACCUAUCAUGAAGGGGAAUAUAAGGAUAAAAUGAAGAUUCUAGAGACAUAUGAUACUUUUGCGUAUGAGGCCUUGUUUAAAACAGAGCCAGAGAAGUGGUGUAGAGCAUUUUUUUAAUCCAGAGUCGCAUUGUGCUGAUGUGCAUAACAAUCUAUCUGAAACUUUCAACAGAACGAUCAAAAUUGCAAGAACGAAGCAUGUGAUUAGCAUGUUGGAGAACAUACGAAGACAGGCAAUAAAAAGGAUAUCAUGUAGAUGGGUACAAGCCGUGAAGCGUGCCAC